GCCACGGGCGGCGAAGAUGGCGGACGGCAGCGGGCGCGCCGGCAAGAGCAGCGGCAGCGGCGCGGGGAAGGGGGCGGUGUCGGCGGAGCAGGUAAUUGCUGGCUUCAACCGCCUUCGACAGGAACAGCGGGGCCUGGCAUCCAAAGCAGCUGAGCUGGAGAUGGAGCUGAAUGAGCACAGCCUGGUGAUUGAUACACUGAAAGAGGUGGACGAAACUCGCAAGUGCUACCGCAUGGUUGGAGGCGUGCUGGUGGAGCGGACUGUCAAAGAGGUACUGCCUGCCUUGGAGAACAAUAAGGAGCAGAUACAGAAGAUCAUUGAGACACUGACACAGCAACUUCAAGCCAAGGGAAAAGAACUUAAUGAAUUCCGGGAAAAGCACAACAUUCGUCUCAUGGGGGAAGAUGAGAAGCCAGCAGCCAAGGAAAACUCAGACGGGGCUGGGGCUAAGGCCAGCUCGGCUGGAGUCUUGGUCUCUUAGGGACCAAGGCCUUUGUGUUUUUUUCUACCCGGAUUCCCAUGUCUUCUAAUUUCUCUUAUUGUUAUUAUUAUUAUUUUCUCUGCUAUUGUAAUAUUUUUUUGUUAAUUAAAUGUUUUGAUCAGAAUGUU